AUGUCUGAGAAUUUUCCAGGAGCUAAACUACUCGGCAGGUUACGUCAUCAUUUAAACCUCAUCGAGACUGAGUGCAGUGAAACCGGGGAAGAAAGAACUUCUGUGAGGCUUCAAGAGAAAGCGUUAAUGCUGCUAUCCAUAAGAAAGAGUCGUGUGACAGCUGCUCCGGACAGCAAUAGAAGUUACAACAUGUGCAAGCUGCAUGUCGGGUACGCCAGCUCACUUCUCCUGUCGCUUGAGUGUACCAUGGCAUCCCAAGAAACCCUCAUCAGCACAGAGUCAGAGGCACUCCCUGAUCCCACCCAGUCUCCCAUAGUCACCCCUGACCUAGGAAGGGGCGAGCGCCAUCAUGUAUUCAUCAGCUAUAGCAGUUUGGAUUCCUCCUGGGCUCACACAUUUAUUGCACGCCUUGAGUCAUCCGAUCUAGGACUGAAAGUGUGUCACCAUGAGAGAGACUUCAUCGCUGGGAAAUCAGUCAUGGACAACAUGGCAGACUGUAUCCGAGCCAGCCAGAAGGUGGUGCUGGUCCUCAGUGAGGACUUUCUGCGCAGCCGCUGGUGCCUUCUGGAGGCCAACCUGUCACUCUUCCAGGACUGCAGCCAGGGUAAGCCAGUAAUACCCAUCCUUCUACAGCCUUGUGUCAUCCCCUUACACCUUAAACACUUGACUUAUCUGGAUGUCCAAGAUCCCCAGUUCUACAAAAAACUCAUUGACAUUCUUUGUAUUCCCAACCAUUUCCUGCGGAACACGAUGGGGCCAUUGUGCCAGCCUGCUUCCGUAUAUGAAGGGAAACUGCUGGCAACAGUGUAUGCAGUGAAUGAGGAAAUACCCCAGUGGGCCUCGGGAGUGUUCAGUAAAAUGGGACCCCCAGGGCAGCUGGAAAUGGUAGCAGACAGUUACAGAGAGGCAAUUGAAAUGAUCAACAAUGUUGCUGCCAAAAGAUCACUGCUCCAGCCUCUGUGGCUUAGGGUCAUACUCUCCAUACUGCUAAUCUUAAUCGCCGUGGUCUCUGCAAACCUGGCCAUGGCUUUCUGUGUGGGUGCCUUUACUUUUAAUAAGUUUUCCCUUAAAACUCAAAUAUUAGCAGGCUUACUGUUCUUUUUCAAUGGUAUUGUGCUGUUCCCCAUCUUAAUUCAGAAGGUUAUCUGUUGGGGAAAACAAGAGGGAAAAACAAAGCUGAAUAUGAUGCAGAAGAUUGCUGGCCAGGUGAACAUCUUAAUGUCUCAGCAGAAUGUGCUCCUCAGCUGCAAGUCCAGGACCUGCCUGCUUGCUGUCUAUGUACCUCUGGACGGCUGUCGGGAGGCCUUCUUAAACACCUUCCCAGGCGCCCUGGGAGAUGAGAUGUAUCUCAGGGCUUUGCUAAACUUCUCCCCAGGAUAUGCACUCUGUGUUGCCAAAAAGCAUUUUGCUUUUCCACUGGAUGUCAUAGAUUCCAGCAGGAGCCACAUGGAGGUGGGAGCAUGUUUCUGUCAGUACGUGUCUCAGCAGCUGCGUCAAGACAUGUGGUCUUAGACAUCUGCAGUCUCAUACCUGAAUUGCUGCCCUGUGGUUUUACCUCCACUUCAAGCGCAUCAAAGUCCAUCCGGUCAAUUAACUGACACGGGUUUAAAAGGUUGUAUAAUGCUUUGAAAGGUGCUAUAAUGCAGAAUUUGUAGGGUUGCACAGAAGCAUCACUGACCUCUUAAUAGAAGAAGGGACAGCAACCUUUAACUUAAAGCUCAACAGCACUUGCUUUCCCAAAUUGUUUUCUCAGAGACAAGUUUAUGAUGUUUAGGACAAGAUGACGCUCCAGAUAAUCAAAAGACGAUUUCCUUCUCAUUUCAUUUGAACUGAUCCCCUGGGAGUCCAUAGUGGGGAGGACAUGGGUCAUGUUUUUAAUAUUAACUACAUUUGAGAAUUGCUGAGGAUUCACACUACAAAGCAAUUUGUUUUGUCACUUGCCACUGGCAGUGGUUAGUCUCAGACCUGGAACAUCUGGCUCAGAAGGACCCCUUUGCAGUCUGAGCAAAAUGGAAAGAUCCUUUAGUCAGCCAUGUUGAACUUUUCUCAGAACACUGUGAGCAGUGCCCUUCCUGAUGACAUCAGCUGAUCUCUGUCUGUGUCAGCUUGCACCUUUUCUGUGCAGUAAUACCACUACACUCCACCCAUCCACAGUACAAAUCCCAUCCUCAGCGCCAAAUGAAUUACUUUGGAUGUACACCACAGAACAUCUCAAUUUGAAAGUUUAUGCUGUGGUAGAUUGCCCGUGGUGAGUCUCAAACAUGCAACAUUUGGCUCAGAAACGAGCUCUUGGCAGCAUGAGCUAAAUGGAAAGCUCCUUUAGUCAGCCAUGUCGAACCCAUUUCUGAACACUUCUGAUCAACUUGUAGCUGUGGUGGUCUCUGUGUGUGCAUCUGUCUCUUCUGUGGCUGUGCUCACUACAAUGUUCAAAUCAAUCAUUAAGCUGCAGUUACCUUGUGUUACUUUUAGCCUCUAAUUUCUCUCAGCAUCAAGUCUUUACCUCAGUUUCUUUCCCUGUUUCAUUGAGCACCUGGCUGUUUAAAGUGUAUAGACAGGAGGAAUUGGGGGUGGGUGUUUUAGGAAGAAAUCAUCAGGGUUGGGGCAGAACUUUUAGAGCUGUGGAUUUUCCCACAGUUCACUAUAAACUUAAUGGUCGGACCUCAGACGUGCCAUGUUUGACCCUGUGAGUCUACUGGAUCCUUGGCUCUGUUUUGUUCAGCUGUGAAAUUUGGGUCUGAUAUUUUGACGCUGAAGGAAAAUAGGGCAGACUUUAGGGUUAGGAUUUGAUUCAUGCUUCAUCUCCUGGUUGUGAUGUAAAAUUCUUUUGGUGUCACCACUUAGAAAUCAGAACAGUUCAGAACAUCAAGAGCAAAGUCCAAAAUUAAUAAAGUAUAAAAAAUGAAAAGUUCAAAAUACCCCUUAAAUUUAAAAAAGCAUAUAACAGUUGGUGUUGGAAGGAAAGCAAGGUAACAAAUUUCUGAGUAAGCUGGGAGAAGCAAGCAAAUGGCAAAACAGAAGAAACUAAAAAUAAACUGGAACAACUGAAACUCAGAUGAGAAGCAGAACUGAAGUAAAACGAAACAGACAAUGAGUUGAAAACCAUGCAAAACUAGAAGAUCAGAUGCUCAAUAAAUCAAAAGGAAACAAGGAUUUAUUCGCAGAUCAGAUAAGGUUCAUGGCCAAGGCCGAUUUUUCUGCUGGUUGCUGAUUAAGUCACAGCCUCAACCCUGGCGAUUCCGCCCCUAGAAACAAGGCUCGUCACCCUGACAACAGUACACAAUAUGGCUUCUCACAAAGGCAAAGCAUCAUUUUCCAGCAUAAAUCAUGGCAGAUGGAAAGAAAUGAAUAAAGAAUUCAAAGUACAAAACUUACAAAAAAAUAAAAUUCAAGCUUUAAAAGCUUCCGUAAUUAAAAACGCAUACAAUCCACAAUUCAAAAACUAAAUCCUAGUAUAAAACCAGUGGUUCAAAUAUUACAGUUAACCAGAGUUUCUUCUCUGACUUUAUUUGAUUAUUUUGUAAUUUAUUUUGAUAUACUGUAUUUGUUUAUUAUUCUUCCUUUGUAAUUAUCUCUCAUUUUUUAUUAUAUCCUGUCUUUUUGUUAUUUAUUCUGUCAUUUGCAUUUUGUAGCCCUUGACUUCUUUUCCAACAUCAGCAUCUGACCUGUAAUGUAUUCUUUUGGCUGAAUGGGCACAAAUUCCCACAGACGCAGAGAAGUGGAGGCUGUUAAAACUGCAAAGGGGGACCAACUCCAUAUUCAUUUUAUUGAUUCCUGUUAAUAUACACGUUGUAGAAUAUUCUGCCUUGUUGGUAUCACAGAACAACUAACUGAUUUGCAAAUUUUAUGUGAAGAAGUAGCUUCCUGUGAGAGAAUAAGUGGCUAGGAGUGACUAAGAAGAUACCUAACUUCUGCCACAUGUCCAUUUCAGACUUAACAUCAUGGGUCAUGGAUGGACUAGGGUUCCGGCCAAGAUGGACCCUGCACCUUUGCCUGGCUGGGUGGCCAUUGCAAAGGAAGGUCAGGGAGGGAGCUGUGAUAUUCCCUUUCUGUGCCACAACAUGGACAGGGAUGGAUGCUGCAGCAGCUUCUGUACUGGGGCUGGUGUCCCAGUAGCCACAGAGGGACGCCAUGGAUGGGUUUGGGAGAUUUGAAGGACAGCACAUUGGAUGGCAGCAUCCCAUUUGGCAAACUUCAUUAUGGACACCCACAGGGUAGCAUGGGAGUUGUGGUCUCAUGGGGCUUUCCUGUUAGGCUCUGUGGCGGCCACCAGUGGGAGCUGUCAGAUAUUGAUGGUACAAGGACCAGGAUAGUUCUGUCUGACCCAGCAGGGCUUCCCAGGGGUAAUGGACUGAGCACUGGAAGUGCUUCUGGGUCAGGAGUUAAAAGAAAGCCCACUACUUGACUCAGAAGAGGAGAAUGAAAACAAAAGGAGCAAAGACAAUGACUAAAGGUUGGGUGGCUGCUGCUACAACCCUAAGGGAAGGAAGCUUGUAAAAGGUACAUAUUAUUAUAAAUAAAAGUACUGGAUUAGAACCUGGGA